AUGUUUAAAAUGUCAAAUUGUGUGGCGGUGCGUCGGUUUUUGGCUAAUCAUUGCCGAUUUUCCGCGAAUUUUACUAUAUUCACACCGAAACCAAUCAAAAAAAUUGUUUAUUCACAAACAUCUUGUGAACUUUUUACACCCAAUAAUAUAUUGUGCUCGCGCGCAUCAACGCUCGCACCGACUUGGAAUAUGACCUUCGACUAUCCAGAGGCGAGGAGAGAUGAGACAGUGGUUGACAACUAUCAUGGUACUAAUAUAUCGGACCCAUACCGCUGGCUGGAGGAUCCAGAUUCAGAAGAAACUAAAGCGUUUAUAGAAGCCGAAAACAAUAUUACUCGUCCUUUCCUAGACUCAUGUCCCGUUAAAACAGAUAUAAAUAGUAGACUAACAGAGCUCUGGAACUAUCCCAAAUACUCGUGUCCAUUCAGAAGAGGAGAUAGAUACUUCUUCUUCAAGAACACUGGACUCCAGAAUCAGAAUGUGCUAUACGUCCAAGAUAGUCUGGACGGCGAGCCGCGUGUGUUCCUCGAUCCCAAUACAUUGUCUGAAGACGGUACGAUUGCUUUAUCUGGGAGUCGCUUCACAGAAGAUGGUUCAACCUUCGCGUAUGGAUUGUCAGCCAGCGGAUCGGAUUGGAUAACGAUCCAUUUAAAAGAUGUUGCCACUGGCGUUGACUAUCCUGAGGUGUUAGAGAAAGUUAAGUUCGCGUCAAUGUCGUGGACCAAGGACAAUAAGGGACUCUUUUAUUCUCGGUAUCCAGAACAGACUGGCAAAACUGAUGGUUCUGAGACAGACGUGAAUAGAGAUCAGAAGCUGUGCUACCACCGGCUUAACACGCCCCAGGAGGAUGACGUCAUCGUGGUGGAGUUCCCACAGGAACCUCUGUGGAGGAUCGGCGCGGAGGUGUCAGACUGCGGCAGGUACCUCCUCGUGAGUCCAGUGAGAGACUGUCGCGACAACCUGCUGUUCUUCGCGGACUUAUCCACCGCCUCGCUCACAGGACACCUUCAACUGACUCAAAUCGUUCACAAGUUCGAGGCUGACUAUGAGUACAUAACGAACGAGGGUUCCGUAUGCAUAUUCCGUACUAACAAGAACGCACCUAACUACAGGCUCAUAAAAAUCGACCUGAAUAAUCCAGCUGAAGAGAAUUGGGAAACUUUAAUAGCGGAACAUCCCACUGAUGUAUUGGACUGGGCUUCAGCGGUCGACAAAGAUAAGUUAGUCAUACACUACAUAAGAGAUGUUAAAAGUGUACUGCAGUUACAUAGUAUGAAGACUGGUGAUUUGAUGCAAAACUUCGAUUUAGGUGUUGGCUCCAUAGUGGGAUUCUCUGGGAAGAAAGAACAGAGCGAAAUAUUCUACCAUUUCAUGUCAUUCCUUACACCCGGCGUCAUUUAUCACGUGGACUUCAAGAAACAACCUUAUACACCAACUAUAUUUAGGGAAGUGAAAGUGAAAGGCUUCGACGCUUCGCAGUAUGAAGCCAAACAAGUUUUCUAUACCAGCAAAGACGGCACAAGAGUUCCUAUGUUCAUAGUAUCUAAGAAAGGUUUACCUCGUGACGGGUCCCGGCCAGCGCUGCUGUACGGCUACGGCGGGUUCAACAUAAACGUUCAGCCUAGCUUCAGUGUCACACGACUCGUGUUCAUGCAGCACUUCGAAGGUUCCGUGGCUGUCCCUAACAUAAGAGGCGGCGGUGAAUACGGCGAGAGGUGGCACAACGCCGGCAGAUUAUUGAACAAGCAGAACGUUUUCGAUGAUUUCAUAUCCGCCGGCGAGUAUUUAGUGAAGGAAGGGUAUACAAGACCCGGCCUGCUCGCGGUGCAGGGCGGCUCAAACGGCGGGCUGCUUGUUGCAGCGGUUUCCAAUCAGCGGCCCGACCUGCUGGGAGCGGCUAUCGUUCAAGUCGGAGUACUGGACAUGCUGCGCUUCCAGAAGUUCACAAUCGGACACGCCUGGAUAUCGGACUACGGCAGUUCGGAUAAUAAGACACAUUUUGAAAACUUACUCAAGUACUCGCCGCUUCAUAACAUCCAGUCGCCAGAUAACGUAAGUCGUGCGGAGUACCCAGCAACGUUGGUGCUAACAGCCGAUCACGAUGACCGAGUGGUGCCUCUUCAUUCCCUUAAGUAUAUAGCAACAUUGCAGCACGCUGUCAGAGGCACUCCGCAGAGACGACCGCUGCUAGCACGGAUCGAUACGAAAGCUGGCCACGGGGGAGGAAAACCGACCGCGAAAAUAGUAUGUAGCAUUCAAAGAUUAUCCAAUUAA